AUGCAAAAUUUGUCGCAGCUCUCCUUCGGGACAGACUGUUAUGGUACUGCUGUUGUGAUCUCCAAAUUGCUGCAGAGAAUGACCACAGACGUCGGCAGUAAAGAGCGAUUUAAAGCAAUUUUAUCGAAGAUGAAAAACGGAAGAGUCGCGCUCAAGGACGGCAUAGAAGAACUCAGAGAUGUUCUAUCUAAAAGGCGACUAAGAGAAGUAUCCAGGGCCAUCAAUGAAAUGGCCGGUGGAGGAACGUUGAGAGUAAUUCCUACAUCUACUGGCUUGAAUCAACUUUUGCGAUCAAAACCAGAUCUGAACAUAGUCAACGAAGUUAUUAAAAAGGCAAACCAAAAGAACGCACUACCAAGGUGGUUUCAUUUCCUGCUAAAAUAUGGCCUUGUGCAAGCGAAGAGCUCAUUCAACGUAGUUAUCUCGGAACUGGAAGUAUCUAUCACUGUCGAAAAAGAGUCGUUUAAAGAUGAAGAGUUCCUCGUAAAAUGUGUCCGCUGCGUAAAGAAUCCACAGCCUUCGUGUGAAUUCUGUGAACGUGGCAAAAUCGUAAAGAAUAAAACUAGAACGAGGCAAAAGCAAGAAACGCAAUCACGCAGACUGAAGAAGAUCCUUGGGAGUCCGACUGGCAUCGAUCAAAAGUUGCUAAAUGGAUUGACGCAAGCUGCAGGGUCUCAAGUCAAAUGUGAUACUCACAAGAAUGACACGAAAAUAUGCGAGUUUGAAAGCGAGGUGAAAGACAUUUUUUCCGAUGAGCUCGAAAAGCUAGGAAAAAAUUCGACCAAUGUUUCGCUCAAAUCGUCCGUCAUCGUCAUUCCAGUUUACGAACUAACAAUGUCGAAUACUGUCGACAGGGCGACGUUUCUCAUUUGCGGUUCAAAUUACAUGGUCCGAUUAAAGAACAGGAGAAAACUAAGCGCCACAAAUUCACGAAAGUCUUCCUUGAUUUCUGCUUUCCGCCCUUCACUGUCAUUUAAUUUAACUUUCCCUUUAAAAGCGAAAGAAAAGGAAAAGAAAGUAACCGAUAAACACCCUUAG